AUACAGGGCGACGGAAACUGAAAGCACAUUGCUGCUCGACGCAGAGUGAUACGCGGGAUACAAAGCUGUUGUGGAUUGCGAGCGCGUUUAGAAAGAAUCACAUAAAGACAGACAGAGGAGAGACCGAGAAAAAGCUGCUCUUCACUGUAACAUCUAGAUGGAUGUAAAAGAGGAGACAUUUGAGGCUGACCUAAAUAUCAUGGAGAUAACAACUGUGAACAUUAAAGAGGAGAAAUGUGAAGGGGAGUCCGUCCACCCUAAACAGGAGAGCCGGCACAUUAAGGACGAGGAUUGUGAAUUUGGGUCAGUGGGCAUUAAAGAAGAGGCCGAAGAGAAGUGUGUCAGCCUUGAGACGCACAUCCAUACAACUGUGGCGAGUGUCAAGGAAGAGGAUCUUCAUGAUGGGUGUCAAGGUGGAUUGGUGACCGGGUUCGACACUUCUCCAAGCAGACACCAUUCAUCUCCGGAGUCUUCUGUCGAUGUGAAGUCUGAAUCAUUACAGCCUGACACAAAGAGGGCUAAGAAAAUGUCAUCUGUCAGGGCUCUGAAAGAUCAACCACCACCUUCAAAUAAGUCUGGAGAAAGAAACAAAUCUCAUAGCUGUUCUGAAUGUGGGAAACAAUUCAGGUACAGGAGUCAUCUUCGGAAACACCUUAGAAGUCACACAGGAGAGCAGCCAUAUUGCUGUAGUGAAUGCGGAAAACUGUUUUCACAAAGUAGCCAUCUUCAGAGCCACAAAAGAAUUCACACAGGAGAGAAGCCAUAUUGUUGUUCUGAAUGUGGUAAACAAUUCUGUCGUAGCAGUAGUCUUCAGAGCCACAAAAGUAUUCACACAGGAGUGAAGCUGUAUUGCUGUUCUGAAUGUGGCAAACAGUUCUCCCGAAACAGUCAUCUUCAGUGCCACAAAGUAAUUCACACAGGAGAGAAGCCAUAUUGCUGUUCUGAAUGUGGGAAGCUAUUCGCUAAAAAGAGUUGUCUUCAGAGCCACACAAGAGUUCACACUGGAGAGAAACCAUUUCGCUGUAAUGAAUGUGGCAAACAUUUUUCAGAAAGGAUCGGCCUUCAUAGACAUAAAAGAAUUCACACAGGAGAGAAGCCUUAUUGUUGUUCUGAAUGUGGCAGACGAUUUGCUCAAAUGAGCAGUCUUAAGAUACAUUCUACAAUUCACACGGGAGAGAAACCUUAUUCUUGUUCUGAAUGUGGCAAACGAUUCUCACAAAGCAGUAAUCUGCUAGGCCACAAAAGAAUUCACACUGGAGAGAAACCUUACAGCUGUUCAGAAUGUGGCAAACAGUUUUUGCAAAUAGGCACUCUUAAGAGACACAAAAGUGUUCACACUGGAGAAAUAUGAAAUGGACACACUCGAAUGAAUGUUCAUUACUCAGAAAUGGAACGUAUUUAAAACUAACCAAUUCUCAAACAAGCAUAUGCAAAUAAUAAAGGGAGGAGUUUUGCAAGAGUUAAGAAUGAAAUGAAUUGAGGUGCAGGAGACAAACUGACAAGGACAACCUGUGUGCCACACAAACUGCCAAAAGACAACAAGAGACGUUGACUGCAAACAUUCCAGACACAGAACAGCCAGAAAUGGAAAAACCUAUUAAGACACUAGCAGAAACUCAAGAAAAUUAAAAAAAAAAAUAAUAAUAAAAUGAAGGCACCUAAAGACCAUAGCCCA